AUGGAUCAGCAGCGAUCCUCCAGCAACAACGAGCAUAACACGGAAGGCGGCGGCGCCGAGGUGGGCUAUCUCGACGGCGGCACACAUCGCGCACAGGUCGUAUUGCAGUACGCGAGGCAAAUUACUCAGAGCCUCAAGAGCGCCGUACUGUACGCAGUCAACACCGGGAAGCAGGCCAACGACUCGCUCGCGGAGCUACAGUCGCAAAACGAGAACAUUUCUCGCAUCAAAGCGCAACUUACUGAGUCGCACAAAACCGUAAGUGCCACGCAGAAGAUCGUGGACGCCUACGUUAACUCCGUCCGGUGGAUCAGCAGCUCGAUCGCCUGGCAGCGCCCUGCAGACGUACCCGAGGCACAGCCAGCAUCGGACGGAGUGGCUCUCACCUAUAAUAUUCGUAACCUCUGGAGCUCGUUGGCAAGCAGGAGCGCCGAUGCUGGAGAGGCGAGCAACUGCAUUGGGCAAGUGAGCUCAGAGCGAGACCCCGUGAAAAGCGCGUUGGUGGAGUUCUCUUCGACGGCCAACGAGCACCUGGACGUGCUCAUCGAGGAGCUGAAAAGCAACCGGCAGAAGACCGAGCUCAUCGCAGAGACGGUACACCGCCAAAACGAGGAACUGGAGCGUAUAGGGGAAUCGGCCGUCUCUCUGCAAGACAGAGUUGCGCAGGUCAACCGAGUGCUGCGGGACCACACGUGA